AUGCCUACAAGUACAAGUAGGUACAACUUUUUCGAACCCAAUUUUUAUUUCGACAAGAGCGAUGUUUUACUUUUACUUUUGAUCCAGCCCCCCCUUCUGAUGCUCGACAUGAUGAACGGAGGAACUUUGCUACCGUGUCGGACGAGAUACCUUGCAGGAACACGAAUGUCGUAUACCUGCUGGACAAAUUUCAGUGCUAGUAUGAAGGGAACGCUAGUAAGGACCAGUAGACUAAUAUCGUGGCACCUUUGCUCGACGAACACCAGAGAGCGGUCAGCCUACUCUCAUCAAAUGGAAGUCGUUUCGCAUUGCAUGACAAACCGUGAAUCGUCCACAGGAUUUUAUGUUGACCUCGUCCUCGUCGGCCUAGCAACGUUUUUCGUACAACUCUGGUGAGUAUUAAUUUAGUCGGUACUACCAGACCACGUAUAAUUCCAAGUCUUCGUCCUACGUGGCUUUUUUUUACCAUGACGGCAUACAAUUCAUAGCCCGAAUGGUUCGACUGGUCGGCGGCGCCCGGACCAGACGAAAACUUCCGGGAGAGUCUGUAGGAAGUGACAGAAGUUGUGGUCAAUGUUUUGCAUUUUACUUUUUUUUAAUUUUUUACAAUUUUUCAAAAAAGUUUUUUGAGUUUUUUUUUUUUGCAAUUUUACUUCGGAGGUGGCGUCUCUGUCAUCGUCAUGCAGGCGAGCAUGCUGCUGAGUAUACAACAAGUACAAGUGGUAAGACUGCCGACGCCAACUUUCAACAUAGCGGCUCCAUUUCAAUGGACGCACAUUACAGCUACUGCUACGACUAUCCAAAUGCAUGAGUUAUUUUUUUGCUCUUCUCUAUCUCUGCAGAAGAACGAACAACAAGUGUCCAUUCCUUUUUCAUUUUCCCCUUCUUUCCCCUAGUCAUAAUUUUGUUUCUGUUGCAUUUUUUUUUGUACAUUUAUUCUUGUAAUCGCAGUUUGUUUCACUUUUUCAUAGCAGUUGUACCGAAUCCACAUGAUCCACUACCAGUUCAGGCGACCGCUAUUGUAUUCACAAAUCCUUUUUGUUUUCAUUCAUAAACUUUUUCGGAGUCCUCACAGGUGCAUAACUAAGGCAAUCAUGAUCAUCCCUGAAGACAAAAGACGCACUAGCAUGCGCAUGAUGAAAAUAAAAGUACAUUAAGAACAACAAGUGUAAGUGACCUUUUCAGCACACGAACCUCCUCGCGGCUACAUUUU